GGUGCAGCAGACAGACUCUCGCAGCUGCUACCUGGAGGCUCUGGACCGGAUAAUAACCAUCUCUACAGGCCUGGAGAAACAGACGUGAGGGCCUGAAUCAGGGACAAAGAACCGUUUCCAAGCCUUGGCUCUCUGGGAUCUGAAAAGGUACUUUGGAAUUCAGAGAGCUUCUUCGCUUGACUUUAUCACCCGACCGAAAAGAGAGAAAGAGAAAGAGCUGGACGGUGGGGAAAAUGAAAACCGGUAGUAGAUACCAGGCACGCAAGCCCAAGCGGCCGCACUACGUGCCCUGCCCGCCGGGUAAGCCCUUCAAGUACCACUGCUUCCAGUGUCCCUUCACUUGCAACGAGAAGUCCCACCUCUUCAACCACAUGAAGUAUGACCUGUGCAAGGACUCCAUCUCCCUGGUGACCAGGCUCCACAGGGGCACAACGAGGCCGGAAAAGACCCCUGCCUCCAGGCCUGCGCCCCGCCCGACCAAGAAGCCCCCCUCGGGCAGCCCAGCGUCGACGAGGGGAGGGGAGAAAGGGCGGGAGAAGGAGCCUGUUUUUCCCAGGGAUGUGGAAAGUCCCAGCAGACCACGACCAGAGUCGCAGAAAGAGGGCGAGGAGAUGCGGUCGUCCUUCAUAGGGGUCCCCUCAGCCUUUUCGAGAGUCCCAGCACGCAACGAGGAGAUGACCCCCACGGAGACCCCAGGAGAGAACCCCUUCCUCCCUGUCCUCUCACCUCCAUUCUACCACCCAACCCUCACUUGGGGGCACCCCACAAACUUCCAACGUGAAGAUUCCACAAAAGGCAACUACCCACCCUCAGUGACACCAGGGCACCCAAAUUUUGUAUUCCCUGCUGGACACCAUCUUCCCAUCUACCACCGUUCUGUCCUGCCCUGGGACACUGACACGACCCACUCCCUGGACCCCCGGGGGUCCCUAUAUCCCACCCCUUCACCCCUCCAACUCGCAGAGCUCCCACUUGGGUACUACCACUCCCUCCUUCAAACCCCUCUGCACCACUCCGGGCUUCACUACACCCCAAAGCAGCUGCCCCACCCCAACCAAGAAUCGGGGCAUAACAGUCACCCAUGGCUGGUUUACCCUCACUCACACUCGAAGGGAGACGCUCGAUCUGCCCCGACCUUGCCAGCCCAUUGGGGGACGGGUGGAGGUGAGUGGGCAUGGCCUGGGGGCCAGAACUGGGGUGAGGGGUGGGAGUCUGGGAUGAGCCCCAGAGAGGCGUGCUCGGCCGGGGGUUCUCCAGACCGGCCCGACCAGAGAGAAACAGAUACCCCACUCUGUCCCUCGGGAGAAGAGAGCCAGACGUCAACCAACCAAUCAGGACACAACAUGAAGCCAAUCAGAUGGUCAUUCUGCUCUGUGAGCUCACAGCAAGGGGACACUGAGCUGCAGACGGAGAGAUCAGCAGGGGGCAGUUUGGGGCACCCGAUCUUUUCCAGUGCAGAAGAGGAGGAGGAGGAUGAGUCUCCUCUAAACCUCUCUACAAAGGACUGGACUGAGGAGAGCAUUAAAGACUUCCAGACCAGCAGGGGGCGCCAUCCGAGCCAGGACCUGAGAGAGACCCUCUGCCAGGCCGUGGCGUCCAGCCUCCAUUCUCCAGAUGGAGAGACGAGUGAGGACCGGAGACGCACGGCUGCCAUCGCUCUCUGUCAGCUAGCUGUCUCCUGCUGCGACCACCUAAACAGUGCAGCUACGCCCUCUACCUGCGGGGAGGCUGCUGCUUCUGCACAACAAAGCCCCAAGGUCCACCGCCCAUUCCAGCAGCACACAAAGAGACCAAAAACAGUAGAGCUCUACCCAGCGCUCGAGCUGACAUCCUUGCUCCUGAUAGGUGGUGACAGAGCAUGA